AUGGCGCUCGACACCUUCUUCCACAACAAGAUCGAGACGAUGAAGCUCGAGAUUAUACAGGGACAGGCCAAGCUACGACGACUCGAAGCCCAGCGCAACGACUACAAUUCAAGAGUACGGUUACUGCGAGAAGAGCUCGGCCUCCUGCAGCAGCCGGGGUCCUAUGUUGGCGAGGUAGUCAAGGUCAUGGGCACCAAGAAGGUGCUUGUAAAGGUCCAUCCUGAAGGCAAAUACGUCGUCGAUGUCGCCGACAGCGUCGAUAUCAGCAAACUCACCGCCGGCAAGCGCGUCACCCUGCUCAGCGACUCGUACAAGCUCGAGAAGCUGCUUCCCUCGUCCGUCGAUCCCCUCGUCUCCCUCAUGAUGGUCGAGAAGGUGCCCGACAGCACAUACGACAUGAUUGGUGGCUUGGACCAGCAGAUCAAGGAGAUCAAGGAAGUCAUCGAGCUGGGUCUGCAACAUCCCGAACUCUUCGAGUCGCUCGGUAUUGCUCAGCCCAAGGGUGUGCUACUAUAUGGUCCACCUGGUACAGGAAAGACACUGCUUGCGCGUGCCGUCGCCCACCACGCUGACUGCAAGUUCAUCCGCGUGUCUGGUAGCGAGCUGGUGCAAAAGUACAUUGGUGAAGGCAGUCGCAUGGUCCGCGAGCUCUUCGUCAUGGCACGAGAACACGCACCCAGCAUCAUCUUCAUGGACGAGAUCGACAGCAUUGGAUCAAGUCGAGUCGAAGGAAGCUCAGGUGGUGACUCCGAGGUGCAGCGAACCAUGUUGGAGCUGCUGAACCAGCUCGACGGUUUCGAGCCCACCAAGAAUAUCAAGAUUAUCAUGGCAACCAACCGAUUGGACAUUCUAGACCCUGCCCUUCUACGACCCGGACGUAUCGACCGAAAGAUCGAGUUCCCGCCGCCAACCGUCGAAGCCCGUGCCGACAUUCUACGCAUUCACUCUAGAAGCAUGAACCUGACGCGUGGCAUCAACCUGACAAAGGUUGCUGAGAAGAUGAACGGAUGUUCAGGAGCCGAGUUGAAGGGUGUGUGCACCGAGGCCGGCAUGUAUGCACUGAGGGAGAGGAGAGUGCACGUAACGCAGGAGGACUUUGACCUGGCCACCGCAAAGGUGCUGAACAAGCACGACGACAAGGCGACCAGUUUGAGCAAGCUGUGGAAGUAG